UUUUUUAAGUUACUUUCUGUUUUUAUCUUCCAACCUUUUCCACCACACACUGUAGACGUUUCUCAGCCAGAUCAGAACAGAAAGCUACUUUAUCCAAGUGUUUUGUUUAUGGAAGCCUUCCUAUAGAAAUUGAUUAUCUGUUAGAUAAGACUUUUUUCUAAUUAUAUUAAUGUCCUCCCUCGUCACUGCUGGCAUAUGUAAAAGUAACAUAGUGGGCUGGUAGAUAUGAUUUCUAAAUUGGAUAGUUUACCAGGGAAAUCUGGGUGACAAAAGAGAAAUAUGUAUUUCUUAUCUUCUGUUUUGAGGUAAUGGGUUGUCUAACAAUAAAUCACAAGUGUCUCCCACAUUUAUUAAAAUGUCUGUGACCUAAUAUGUCCCUUUAACACAUUUACAAGCACGUGCUACAUGGCACAAGGUGAUUCUUAAUGACGAUGGAAGCCACAAAAUGGAACUUUCUCUUUUCUUUGGAUGCCCUAGUUUAAAAUCACAGACUCCAUUUUAAGAGGCAAAUUAUUUCCCCUUGAACAAUGUCACUAUCAGUAAGCUCUUUCCUUCCAAUCCUUGACACACAUACAUACCACCUCUAUUACAAAGCAACUUUAUUGAUAAAAGAAUCUGUUGUCAAAUGAGCAAUGUUUGAGUCCAGCCACAAGGGGGCAGCAUCGGCAAACAUAGACUGUCCUCUGAAGUGGGUGGGCAAAAUAGUCUCAUUGGUUUUCUUAACUUGCAGUCACCUCCCCUGUCUUUCCAAAAUGCACACAUCUGCCUUCCAAAAUAGACCGCAACUAUUUCUAUUGAUCUGGAAGAAGCUUAUACCAGGCAACCCAUUUAGGAGCAGUUGGAUGAAGAGGAAGGAGAGGGAGAUGCUACUCAUCCCAUCAGUGUUGGUCUUAUGGAUGCAAUUGUCACAGGUGAAUGGACAACAAAUAAUGCAAAUUCCUCAGUACCAGCAUGUACAAGAAGGAGAGGACUUCACCACGUACUGCAAUUUCUCAACUACUUUAAACAAUAUACAGUGGUAUAAGCAAAGGCCUGGGGGACAUCCCGUUUUUUUGAUGAUGUUAGUGAAGAGUGGAGAAGUGAAGAAGCAGAAAAGACUGACAUUUCGGUCUGGAGAAGCAAAAAAGAACAGCUCCCUGCACAUCACAGCCACCCAGACUACAGAUGUAGGAAGCUACUUCUGCGCAGGGCACAGUGCUCCCCAAGCACCUGCUGCCUGUCUCCAAAUCUUGCCCUGGGUCUUCAGGAGCAGAUCAUCCUACUCUCCCCAAAGAGCAGGAGCCAGAGAAAGCCAAAGUCACAAUGUCUGUGAGGAUAUUGAGCAACUCCUCCCCACGGCAGCAGGAAUGCAUGUAGAAAAUCACUCUGUUAAGACCUGGAAGAGUUUAGCAGUUUUAUUUCCUAAAACUUAACUACAGGUUUUCUUCUACACAGGAGUCUCAAAGAAUUUGAAUUGUCUUAGGAAGAAUCGGUGGAUUUUAACAAAUUGUGAUACAGAUAUUUAUAUAAAAAGUCUGAGUUCAUCUUUCAGUGCCAACAUUUUUGGCACCAGGGACCAGUUUUGUUGAAGACAAUUUUUCCACGGAGCAGGGUGGGGGAUGGUUUAGGAAUUCCCCUAACCAUGAGGGAAAUUGUUUACCUCAGAUCAUCAGGCAUUAGUUAGAUUCUCAUAAGGAGCGAGCAGCCUAGAUCCCUCGCAUGCGCAGUUCACAGUAGGGUUCGGGCUCCUGUGAGAAUCUAAUGCCUCUGCUGAUCUCACAGGAGGCCAAUCUCAGGCAGUAAUGCUCACUUCCUGCCGCUCACUUCCUGCUCUGCGGCCAGGUUCCUAACAGGCCACGGAAGGUUACCAAUUCCCCGCCAACGUGGUUUGGGACCCCUGUUUGGGUGGUAGCAGAGGUUUCCAAGCAGUUUCUUUAAGGUUUUAGCUCAAUUGUAUUGUGGAAGAUUUGAAAAUUAAACAUUUUUCAUUAUGUACACAAAACUUAAAAGAAGUUUACGACCAACUCCCUGAAGAGUCACCUCUGCAGAACUCAUCUGCUUCAAUGCAAUGCAGUCCAACAUAGCAUAAAGAUUAUGCAUGCGGUAACCACCUUUCCAGAGAACUGAGUGAAGACAGCUCUUUUUAAAAUGAGGAGUUUAGACGAAACUGAAGGUGACCCAUGAAGAGAUGUAGGCAUGGUCUCUCUUUCACUCUUCUGACUGCAGUUGUAUUCCCCAAGCCCAGAUGAAGCUGAUGAUUCAAGUUCUGGUAGCCAUGUUCAUUGGUCUACCUACCAGGAAAUGUUAGCUGCAGAUUUCAAAGGGUGUUCACUGAUUUGACCAAUUACUUUAUUUCUCAGUACUUAACAAAGAUUUUUAUCCUGGGAAAGAGAGGAUAAAAAAUACAACUGUACUGGAGAGUUUAAACAUUAAAAUCAAGUGAUAUUGGUCAGCUAAAUGGUCAAAUAAAG